AUGUUGGACAAUCAUCAUGUACCCCACUUGUCCAACCAUGGUCGUGAGCAUUAUGGAUAUCGAGCUGGUCACCGACCCUCUGGAGGAUCUGCAUCAUGUACCUUUAACCCCUUCGCCAAUCAUGCACCCCCUCCUUCUCAGCCUCAGGCACCUACUAUGACAGCAGCUCAGCUUAUUGCUGCUGUUGUCAAAGAAGAGGCAUGCAACCCUACCAUUGUACUGCCUCCUCCCUCAGCCCCAGUCCUUGACCCUGGACCAGAUGUCUCUGAGAUCAUUGACACAGUCAAACAUCUCGACCUUGAGAGAGCUGCAAGGGUGUCCAAGAUCUCUAACACUGACUUCUUCGACACGCUCUCUGCCAUGUGA